UCUGAGUCAUAUGACCAAUUGUAACAAAGAUGGCUGUCUGCUAGUUUUGCAAGUGUAACUUCUUACAGGCGUUACCUGUGUGUGCCAUUGUUGGUCAACAUGGGAGGCUGAGGCUAGGUCAUAACACGUGACAGUUAGGUUGUACUGGACUGAUGUGUAAAGGGAAAAUGAUGAAUGAUCAAUGUGGUGAUGUUCUCUCUGAUUCCAUGCUGAUUGUGGAUUUUAUCAAGACAUUCAGGAGUUUAUUUAAGCAUAGCACAUAACAGCACUUUUGGAUAUAACAUCUCUUAUCAUGGCAUCUCGGAACCAAACACCAAGCUCAGUCCAGGGCUUUGAUGCUGCCAGUGUCACGGAUAAAAUGCAGUCUAGCACCCUGAAGCGACAGCCAAGCCCUGAUUGGAGCAAAACUGAUCUCUUAAGGCUUCUCAGUUAUUUUGAAGGGGAAUUACAAGCAAGAGACAUCACAAUUGCAACUUUAAAGGCUGAAAAGGCAAAGCAACUCCUAUAUCAAGCCAAAUAUGGAAGGUUUGGGCUAGGAGACCCUUUUGUUGCCCUUCAGAGAGAUGCUGAGGGUAAAACAGAGGCUGGCUUUGAUGAAUCGGCUAUUAAGAGUAUGUACGACAAUCAACUUGCCCAACUGGAGAACCUUAUAGCUACCCAGCGCAAAGCUCAGCUCAAGAUGAGAGAACAGCUGGGAAAUUCUGAAAAGCGCUUUCAUAAGGUUUGUACUGAGCUGGAGGAAGAGAAGCAAAAGCAUGCGCAAGACACUGCGCAGGGAGAUGAUGUGACUUACAUGUUGGAAAAAGAAAGGGAGAGAUUGAAAGCUGAAAUUGACUUUGAGAAGAACCAGAACAAGAAGUUGGAAAAAGAUUUGAAAAAGACCCUUGCAAGCUUGGAGGAGGAAAGAGCCAACGCAGCAAGGCACAAACAAGUUGCCAUUAUGCUUAUAAAGGAACGAAAAAAUUUAAUUGAACGCAUCAUUGCUGAAAACCAACUGAGGGAUGAGAUGGAAGUUGCUCUGACUGAUGAAAAGUCCCGCAUGCAGAACAUGGCAGAAGGUCUUGCUCAAGAAAGCAAAAAGUCCCUGAAGAUGGAAGCGGCCUUGGAAAAGCAGAAUACCCAGUUUGACUCUGAACGAGACAACCUGAGAAGACGGUUGCAGGAAGAGGAAAGACAGACGGGUACUCUGAAGACUGAAGUAUCUCGACUCUCCCAGCAAGUGGAGAUGCUGCAGCAACAGCUAUGGACUGGCAGUGGCUCUUCUCCUAGCAGCAUACAGAUUCGCUCCUCAGCUUCCCCUGCCCGCUCAUUAAACCCACCGUCUGCCGGGCGUGGCGCGGGAGCUUCCCCUCAAGUGUCGGGUUCAACAACCCAGUCUUGUCAUGUUGUGGAUAGUGCCCCAAUAGAUGCACCCACCCCUACUGUUGUCAUGCCACCUGAGAGCCCCGGGCUUGAGUUCUUAGGCCCUGAGAUGGCCAAUUUGCAGCAGCUGCUGGCCACCAUGACCACAGGUGAAGUCAAUUCGAGUCGUACACAUGUGACAUCGGCCUCACGUAGCUCCCCAUCAUUUUCUUCACACGCUUCCAUCGCCACUCCUUCAAACUCCUCUUUCUCCCAACCUCAAGACAAAAGAGACACACAAAAACAAAAUUGUAAUAUUGACAGUUUAAUCCCGACAGUCGUUAGCAACUUUGCCAUGUUUAAUGACAACUCACCUCCAGAUCCCAUUAAAAAUAUCACUGAUUCAAACAAAAGUAGCAAUUCUAGAAAUACCCAGAGUAUCCGACCCUCUUCCAUAAAUUUAGCAAACACUGGCAGUGGAAAGGACGAAAAGAGAACUAGUUCACCCGAGUAUCUGGUUGGUAAUGUGGCUACUCAGCCAUUGAUUAGUUCGGCUUUCUCCAUUCUGAACCCCUCCCCAGUCAUAAGCCCCUCCUCACCUAUGAUAAGUCCCUCCCCUUUGAUAGACUCCUCCCACAACAAAACCCAUUCUGCACGAACUACAACACAAAACCAACCACAGCAGUCAGAGACCACCUCUGUAAUAACAUCGCAACCGCAGUCUUCUUCCCAAUCGCCUUCAACACGGCGAAGAAACGCUGCAUCCCGAUCCCGAUCCAAAUCUCCAUCAAAAGUCCCACACCAUCACCACUUCCACCACCACGCUCGUUCGCAUUCGUCUUCACGAGUGUCUUCCUCUGGCCCUCAGUCUUCUCUCAAACCCUUGAGUAUCAGUCCCAAUUCCUCCUACACCCUCACUGCAGCAGCCACUGCAUACCUCCGUCUGUCCCCUCCUGCUGAAGUGAAAGCCUCCAGGGUCCAUAGUCUGGCUUCCUCUGGCAACGUAGAGGCAUUGCAUAGUUUUCUCAUGGAGCGACCCAUGGAUGUCCACCUGGCCCUGAGCGAAGGAAGUCUGCCACUUCAUUGCGCCUCAGAGAACAAUCAUGAAGCUUGUGUGAAGCUGUUGCUGGACAACGGAGCCAAGCCAAGCUGUAUGAGAGAUGACCGUGUGACUCCGCUACACAUUGCAGCCUUCAAAGGACACACUGGAUGCCUGCGUUGUUUGCUAAGCAAAGGGGCAGCUGUCAAUGUGGCAUCCGCCAGUAACCAAACUCCUCUGCAUCUAGCAGUGAAGGCAGGACAUCUAGAGUGCUGUCAGCUCUUGCUCAGGCAUGGAGCUAAUGUGCUGUUUGCUGGACAGGAUGGCUUGACCGCUCUCCACUACGCUGUCCAGAACAACCACGCAGAUAUGGUGAAGGCUCUACUCGACCGGCUCAAGCUGGGUGGCACAACGCGCGACUCGGACACAGCACACCAGCUGGUGGCCAUGACAGACCUGGAUGGGUGGAGCAUCAGCCAUAUGGCGGCCCACCUUCAGAAACAGGACUGUCUGAUUUUGCUGGCUGAAAAUCUUCCCUUGGACUUUGAUGCAAAAGAUAAGCUUGGCCGUCCUGUGAAGGCUGUUGCAUCUGCCAUGUGCAAGGACUUGCUGGCCGAUAUAGAUCGCCCUUCAAGUCCUACAGUGAAAGUCAUAGUAGAGGUUCGUUAUAUGUUAGAGAACACAACAGUGUCAAGUGUCCAUGUUGGUGUCAUGGAAGUCGGGCCUGGGAUUGGCUGGCGAAUAAUGGAAGAUCGGUUGAGAGCUGUCCUCCAUGGAUAUCUGGCUCAGUUGAAUGCAGGGCUCCGCACACGCAGAAUAACCCGCCUGGAUGCAGACCUGGACAAAUCAGACAAAGACUUCACCUUAGGACUCAUGAUGGCCAAUAUCAAGCAAUUUGAAAUGGGCUUCUACAAGUGGACACCAGGCAUGCAGACUGACACGUCGCCGUAUCUGAUUCUAUGCAACAAUGACCAAAAGAAAGUGACAAUCACAAUUGAUGAUUCAGACUACAUGUGUGAGCUGAUUGCAUUUGAUGUUCUACACCCAGUAGCUAGCAUCAACAACUACUUACGUUUACUGGAACAGUAUAAGAGUGUCAUAUUCUAUGGGCCAAUAGGCAGUGGCAAGUCCUAUCUGGCUCACCGGCUUGCUCAAAGCAUUGCUGCUCAAGAAAAAUCCAAUGGACGCAAACCUGUGAUAUAUCAGCUGAGUCUUCAACCUGGCUAUUCAGCUGCAAAUUUUCUUGCCUUUCUCAAACAGAAAAAAUGUGCAGUGCCAGUGAACCAAGACUCACAGUUACUUGCCCCCAUUGUUCUCUUGGAUAACCUGGAGACAGUGGACAUUGCCCAGUUGUUUGGAGAGCUUCUUGAUCCCAUGGAGUACAGAGGCAUUGGACAUGCUUUUUGUCUCAGAGGUGGUGAACACAGAGAGAAUGGAAUGCAUUAUCUGGUGGAUCAUUUUUAUGUUAUUGGAACUAUGAAUAAAGCAAGAUCCCUUGGUGUGGACUUGUCCAUCCUUCCUCGCUUUCGAUGGGUGCAAUUUCGACUGGACACAGAACCCUUGCGAGGUUUGCUGGCACGUCACUUCCUGCGGCGGAUCUUUAACAUGUUUCAUGGGCGACUGCCUCCGCCAGAUGAGCCGAUCUUGCGAGCCAUAGAGUGGGUUGUGUGUGUGUGGCAACGGCUCAAUGACAGUCUCAACAAGCUGGGACUGCCGGAGGUCAUCAUGGGGCCUUGUACCUUCUUCAAAUGCCCGCUGGAGAAGCAGGAUCAUAAACUUAUUCUGGACUGGCUGAAGAACAUGUGGAACCAACACAUUGCUCCUAAGGUUCGAGAGGCAGUCAAACGAGGCACUGGAUCUGAAGCCCCUACAGACGGUCAGCAAAAAGUGGCCAACACUGCCCUGUAUGUGUUGAUGCAGCGGUCGGUGAUACUGAGCUGCCCUCUCACUGGCCUAGACAAAGAGAACUACCUGGCCGCCUUCUCUGGUUCGAAUGAGUUGGAUAUCCCUUUGAAAGCUAGCGACGCCAAGACUCGAGGCGGUUCCUCUUUCUCUACUGUCAACCUGCUUGCUGCACGUGGUGGGCAACCUCUCCAAAGGCCAGCAUCAAGCCAAGCAGAGGGCCAAACUGACAGACGUCUAGACAACAGAGGAACAACUAACUCACCUCAGACCACCUCACAAUCUUCUUCGGUCCUGAGGACCAGGAGCAGAAAUAGUCAAGAUGAUCAACAGACAGAUUCCAGCUUUGGCGUCUCGAACAUCAAACGGCGAAGCCUUUCGGAAUCUAGCGUCAACAAAGCUGCCUUGUUAGAGCAGCAGCAACUACAACAGCAGCUUCUGGACAGUGGUCAGUUAUCUGCAUCAAGUCAGGCAAAAGUUGCUAAACUUGAAGUGACAUCUCCGAAAGUGGUCAAUAUACCCUCUGCAUUCCGCAGCCCUUCGUUGGGUUCCCAAUCAGAUUCUGAAUCUUCCAGUUUAAGUACACCGUCUCAGAAAUCAGGCAGAGUCAGUCCGUUACUGUCCCUGGUUUCUAAUAGACAGUCUAAUCCCCACAUCAGUCAGAAGAAGUCGAGAUCAUCGGAAAAUAUAUCUUCCAGUGGUUUGUCUCCCGGUAAUCCAAAACUUCGAUCGCCCGGUCCUUUCUCUUUUUCUCUGGCAACACCAACAUCUAAAUUGAAUUCAUUUAAAUUCAUGGAGAAGCCAAAUGGUGGCUUAGGCCUGUCACUCAGUGAACAAAUGCCAGACUUCAGUGUGUUCGACAAAGUUCCCACCCCAACAGAUGAGCUGCCGCCCAGCCGGAGUUUUGUGUUUGUGGGAAAACCUAGCCCUAAGGACUCUGCCACAAACCCUCAGGGGGCAAAGGAGGAGGAAGAGGUCUGGAGCCGUAGACCUGGUGCGUUUGUUCCCAUACACAGGCCUGGAGGCUCCGAAAGCUGGCAGAACAACUUGAGGCAAAAAAAUGCUCACAGCUGAUAAUAGGUGUUGUUCAUGAUUUAUUUUUGUUUUUUAGUCGUUUUGUUAUUUUUCUUCUGAUAAGGAGUUGUUUUACCUUUUUUAAAACUUUUUUGGGGGGGGGGGGGUUAUUUUACUUAGGAUAGUAAACUGACACAGAUAGAUACUACAAGUACAUUUUUUAAAGCCUUUUUAUUAUUUCACUUUUAUUCUGGAGAGUUUUAAAAUAGUCCAGCAUGCACAUAGUUUACAGGGACAUAGGGGAAAAUGCACAUAUAGCAGACAGAUUUUCAGGUUUCAGAUUUUUUCUUAUUUAUAUUCUUUGUAUUCAAAACAUGCACAUAGCGCAAACAGUUUGUACAAAGCAGUGGAUACAUAUCAUGUACAUAUUCCAGAGCAUGAAUACACCAUAUCAUGGCUCAGAUAUCAAUGAACAGGAUAUUAGUGUUUUGUCAUUCCUCUACAAGGAGAGUGCUAAUCUAUGAGAUCAUUGCAUUAUAUCUACUGUUGAUUAAUGCCAAUUUUUUUCUGUGAUCUUACUUUCAUUACAUAUUCUUGACUGACAUUUCUUUAUCACUAUGUAUAUCAGAAUAAAAAUGCAAUGUGCCCCAUUUUCUUUUCUUCCUUCCCUCUUUUCCAUAUUCUACAGACGGUAGACAAGGAGAAAUUCAUGACCAGUGGAUGUAUUUAUUUCUCUUUGUUGUUUUUGCACAACUAGGACAGCUGAAGCUAAAGACUAACAAUGCUCCAUCUACUGACAGACUAUCAUAGCAUGUUACAUUAAUGAUACUACUUCACUGACAGUUGAAUUACUUUAGGAUAUGGAAAUGAUCAUCUUGUCUAUGUUAUUUUAUUCUGUUACAUUUGCAGCUGAAUUUUUAAAGAUUUUAGUCUUUUAUUUUACUGCCAUGAACACUGCCCUUCUGUUUUGUUUGUGCAUGUGGUUGGAGGGCGCCACUGGUAGGGCCUACAUCUUUUCUUUCCCUCUGUAGUUUCUGUCUAUCUGUCUUGCUUCUUCCCUGCACUAUAUGACCAUUAUAUUGUUGAUGUACUUCUCUUUACUCAUACUUAUACAAGACUAUUAUUUUGUAUUCAGUAAUGAUAUCUUUUCUGCAUGUUAGUUUUUUUAGUCUCAGUCCAUUUCAUGACAAUGCUGAUUUGAGAGUGGAUAAAUUAAUCAGUAUGGUAAUGUCUGAAAGAGCUCUUUUGUGUUGAUGUUUAGAUAUUUUUGUAGAAAAUAUUUAGAGCUUUUCAGAAGUACAUUGGCUUGGUCCCAGUGACGAAAACUGUUUACUGUAAGUUGUCGCUGUUUCUAGAAACAUAAGUGCCUAUGUUUGACCGUGCUUUUCAGGCUAGGUUAAAAAACAUACCAGUCUCAAGUUCCUUGCAACAAUAAUCUAUAUAUAUAGGCUACCGUUUACAAUCUCAUGACUAUGGCAGUAAAACUGUACAUUUCUUUUACACAGUCUUUUCAUUUCCUGCCUACCUUAGAUAAUUUAAUUAUUAGUAUUUGUGAAAUGGUGAUAAUACUUUUGUGCUUAUGUCAGUAUGACAGGCUCUUUAUAUCAACAUGUCCAUGAUAACUUUUUACUCGCCCUAUUUUUAUUUUUUUUUAAUCAAUCCCAUCUUUUACUCUGUUGUUGAAAAUCUCUCCAAUAUGAACAAAAUAAUAGAGUUGUUAAGUCACAUAUAUUAUUUACAUUAUGCUACCUACAGUAAGUUAUUGUAUAUUAGUAUUAACCUGCAUAUGUAACUUCAGACAAUGAAUUUUGAUUAGACAUGAACUUAUUUGAAGCUUUUGGGAUAUUAACCCUUUGAACCCCGCUCUCCUGGAGCUUAGGAACCUGUGUCCCAGGGCUCCUGAGCAGAAAUCUUUAUAUUGGAUAUAGGCUCCAUUACUUGAUUUUAAUGAAAAAAUAAAGUGUUUCUUACCUUUUUACAUAUGUACAAGGGUUGUCAAUGACCUAGCAUCUGCGUUUGUCGCGGCUGCGAUUUUUGGCAAAUUUUGAUCUGCGAAUCACGGCUGCGAUUUUUGCCUUUUUCCCAAAAAAAGAAAAAAGAAAAAAAAA